AUGCCUCAGGACGGGAAGAACCCCCAAAUAUCCAAAGAUAUGGAAGGAGAACUAGAAUGGAGCAUGGGGGAUCCUUUCGACCAGUUGGAGAAGCUCCAUGGUCUUUCUGAUGAGGAGAAGGGCGAGAAGGCCCUGUUACGUUCGCGCCUCAACGAACAGUCUCAGCUGAUCUGUAUCCUCAAGAAGAGAGCUGACGAUCAACUCUUGCGCUGUAAGACGCUGGAACAGAUCAAUGCCGAGCUGGAGCAGGCGAGAGCAGAGGACUCUUUGCGGCUGGAGAAUCAGACACGGCGCAUCCAGCACCUGGAGCAGCGUUUUAUGGACUUGGCUGCCAACCACGAAGAAAUGAUCCGCUUCAAAGACGAGCACAAACGGCAAAAUAAGCAGCUCUGGGAAGAAAACAGCCGCCUGCGUCAAGAAAACGAAAGCCUCUUCAGCCAACCUUUGAAAGAUAAAGAAGUAGAACUGGCCCGGCUUUCUUCUGAAUUCAAGAAAGUUUCCACAGAUAUGGAGGCCUUGAAGAAGACUUAUCAACAGCGCUGUCGUUCAGCCGAAGAACGAGAGAAAGAACUUCUGGAAGGCCAGAGGGAACAAACCAGAAUCUACACCAAGGAGAUGGACUCCUUGAAAAGGCAACUGGACGUCCUGCAGAAGAAGCAAAAACCGAUCCUUGACCAACUGGAACACACAGAGAGGCAGCUAAGAGAAACGGAGAGCAGCCUGCAAGUUAAGCUAGAUGUCCUCACAAAGGAGAAAGAGGACUUGUUGAAGCUGGCGAUGGAGAGAGGCAAGGUGCUUCAGGAAAAGCAACGGGAAAUCCUUCAGCUGGAGAAGAAGGGGGAGGAUAUGGAGAAGGCCAAGCAGGCCGCCGAGCUGCAGUUUGAGACAGAAGCUGCAAUGGUGGAUAGUAACCUCCGAGUUAGAGAUUUAAAGCGGCGUCUUGAGGGGGCAGAACAAGCCUACUCCGAGCUCCGGAUGCAUUUCGAAGCUUACCGAAAACACAGCACCGAACUGCUGAACAAAGAGAAAGAGUUAAAUACCAAAUUACGCCAUUUUAUGGCGUAA